AUGGCCACGGGCGAGCUGACCGAGCUGGAGGCGGCCAUCGAGAAGAUCGUCACCGUCUUCUUCACCUACGCGGGGAAGGAGGGCAAGAAGGGGACGCUGACGGCCAGCGAGUUCAAGGAGCUGGUCCAGCUCCAGCUGCCCAACCUGAUGAAGGUGAGUGUGGGGUGGCUGGGGGUCAGCUGGGACNNNGAGCUGAGAUUCGGCGAGUACUGGCGGCUGAUCGGGGAGCUGGCCAAGGCCAUGCGGAGGGAGAAAGCGGGGAAAAAGUGA